AGUCGUCAUCACACGAUCAUGUCUUCAACUCCAGUUCCGACCGGACUGGUCAUUGAUCAGACAACUGUACUAUCAUUGCUGUCUACCCUCGCGAUCCUCGCCGCAGCCUACAUAACCUCCCUCUAUGCACUGCCUCUCCACGCAACCUCUAAAACCCGCUUCCUCUUCAUCUGGCACGCCUUUGACGCUCUAAUCCACUUCAUCCUCGAAGGCACAUUCCUCUACAACUGCUUCUUCUCCUACGGCUCCACCCUCCUCACAGACCCCCUUUUACCUUCUCAUGUCCAUUUCUUGAAUCUGCCGGGCAGGUACUAUGGCGCUGCCUACGGGUCAUCAUGGCAUUCUGCACUUUGGAGAGAAUAUGCCAAGGCUGAUGCGAGAUGGGCUGGUACUGAUUUGACGGUGGUGAGUUUGGAAUUGUUGACGGUGUUUGUGGGGGGGCCUUUGGCGGUUUGGUGUUGUGUGCAGAUGGUUAGGGGGAAGUGGGGUGGGGCGUGGUUUUGGAUGUGUGUGCUUGCUGUUGGUGAGCUUUAUGGUGGAUUCAUGACUUUUGUUCCUGAAUGGUUAAGUGGGUCUCCUAAUCUCGUUACUUCGAAUUGGAUGUACAAAUGGGUAUACCUUUUCUUCUUCAACACGCUUUGGGUCUGGAUCCCAUUCUGGAUCUUAUAUCAAGGCUAUGCUGUUUUCACUUCCGCUGUUGAUUCUGCUGGUUCUGGACUGGGAAAGCGAAAGAGGGGAUAGCGGUGUUAGUAAGGUAUCGGGUGGUUAGUAAGGUGAUUUGGCUCGGCAUGUAUGAGUCAGGACCAUAGUGUUGCAGACAUCGCUGUUUCCGCAAAACUCGAAAGUGCACCUUCACAGCCACAGCCAGCACAAAAUUUGUCUCACAAUAUCGGUAGAUAGCAAGAGUCAAUAAACUUCAAGCAGUAAAAAAGGC